UGGCAAUUAAAUUCAGUGAAAAUGCCAACCUUGCUGUAUAUUCUUGCAUAUAUGUCCAAAUUCCGAUACAAACAACACAAGCUAUUGUCUAAAAUACAAAAUGGGUUUAAUCUGCUUAAUAAUUAUCAAAAACUGCUAACAUUAUAAAAGGAGUAAUAAUUGUAUAAAUCACUUUUAAUCUGUUAUCGCUAUAUUACAUUGUACCUAUAGCAAAACAACAGGUAUUAAAUCCUAAAACAUAAUUAGGUCUAACUUAUGAUUAAGGAUUACAUAUUUAAUCCACUAAAAGCUAUUAUUAUAUUUGUAGAUUAGCUCCAAACAUAAUA